AUGUCGAGAGCAACUUUUUCUCCCAUUAUCAAACCAAGUAAGCUCUUCCAAGAUGUUCUUGAAAACUUCUACUCAAGAAGACUACUACUUCAUACAUCUUCUCAACCACCUACCAUGGCAUCUCCCCAGUUUGCAGACUCUCAUGAAGCACCACACUCUUUUGCACACCAUAUGAGCUUUGAUUCAUAUGGUGUCAUGGUCCUAUCAGUUCUAUUCUGUGCACUAGUUUGCUCACUUGGUCUGCAUGUCAUAAUAAGAGUGUUGAUGAGGUACUCAAAUUUGUUAUCAUUCCAAACUAGUAACGAGCUAGCAGUUCGCUUGGCCAACACAGGGGUCAAAAGAAAAGCCUUGAAGAGUUUUCAGACCCUAAGUUACUCUACAGAGCUGAAGCUGCCUGGUCUAGAUACAGAGUGUGCCAUAUGUCUCUCGGAGUUUGUAGCAGGGGAGCGAGUCAAGCUUCUGCCAAAGUGCCACCAUGGAUUCCAUGUCCGGUGCAUAGACAGAUGGCUAAGUUCACACUCUUCUUGUCCCACCUGCAGGCACUGUCUCAUUCAGACUUGCCAGAAGAUAGCUGGAUGCAAUGAGACGUCCUCAUCACGUAAUCAACCACCACAUGACAUCAUUAGCGUGCAUAUAGCACCAUUAGGACCAGAAAGAUUGAUACACGGUUUCUGA